UACGCGCCGUCGUUCGUUAUGUUUGUCUGAAAAACUUUAAAAGCGGUAUAGUGUCGUUUUUUUUUUUGCUUUGCAUUUUAUAUUAACACAAACGUAAACGCAAAAAUAUUUACAGAAAUGCUAAAAUAAACAUAAAAAUUACAGUGCUAAAACAAAUAUAAUAAUUAAAACAAAUAAGCAUAUACAAAAAUAUAUCUAAUGAAAAUAAUUAUACAGUGAAAUACAUACGGGGAAAAAAAAUAAAUUUUCUUUACCCAUAGAAAAAAAAGCAGACGUGUAUAAAAAGUGCUAAACACAAAUAUUAAUACAUAAAGAAUUUGUUAAAAAGAAUUUCAAAUACCAACAUAAAUAAAAACAAAGCCCUUCUAGUGGAUACAAAACUAUACAAUUUACCAGGAUUUAAUGGAUUAAUAACAAAAACUGAAGGAAAAAAAUUCUGCAACAAAGCUUCCCUAAACAAAAAUACGCAAAAAAAGGCGAAUAAUUAUUGCAAACAAAUUUUAAAAUUAUUUAUAUAAAACAACACAAAGAAAUUUAUAAUGCAAUUAAUAAAUAUAACAAAAAAGUAAAUAAAGUUAAAGUAUAAAGUGUUAAAUAAAAAAAAGUUUUCAAAAUUAUCUAAAAAAAUUAUUUAAAAAAAAUACAAAUAUUGUGUCAAAAAGUUUUGAAAUAUAAUUAAAUUUUUCUAUUUAAAUUUUCCGUUUGUUUUCUUAAAUAAAUUUAAAAAUAAAAAAAAAUAAAUAUUUUAAACCAGACGUGUGCCUGGCGUCAUUAUCCUUUAAAUGUUUUAAAAUAAUUUUCAAAUCAAUUACCUUGUUAAACACCGGUAAUGCUUGCACAGCUAAAAAGCGCGCUGGUACGCGUUAAUCAACGGUGAUAAUAAUGAAUUUAAAUCAACACAGUGGUCCCGGUCCACCGCAACAAAAAAUGAAAACUUUACAAAACUCCAACAACUCCAACAUCGUCAAUAACAAUAAUAAAACCCUGUUAAAAGACAAUAAAACCAUUUGCUCUAAUCCCUCAUACGAUCAAGUUGAUUGUGUCAAGACCUCCUCGGCUAGCAAUAACAUUAACGUUUCAGCCUCACCAUCAUCAUCAAUAUCGUCUACUCCAUCGGUAAUGUGUGCUUAUGUUGGUGCCGCCAAUAUGACUUCGUCAUCGGCUUUAAGUAAUCAUAGUAAUGGUGCAGCAAAUGGUCUGGCCACAAAUGUAGCAAAUGGCUGUUUAUCAACAACUGCCCCACCGGUGGCUCGCACCAUAUCAUCGGAUCGUUUGGUUACAGGUCCAUCUUGCAAAGCUCUGCGUACGGCAGUGUCCGCUUUGUAUUCAGUGGAUGAUUUUGUUAAGGAGAAAAUUGGUUCGGGAUUUUUCUCGGAAGUUUAUAAGGUCACACAUCGUACAACGGGCCAGGUGAUGGUUUUAAAAAUGAAUCAAUUGCGAGCAAAUCGACCAAAUAUGUUAAGAGAAGUACAACUUCUAAAUAAAUUAUCACAUCCAAAUAUAUUAAGUUUUAUGGGUGUUUGCGUGCAAGAGGGACAAUUACAUGCCUUAACCGAGUAUAUAAGUGCUGGCUCUUUGGAACAACUAUUGGCCAACAAAGAGGUAGCAUUGACUGCUGCUGCAAAAUUGAGACUGGCAUUGGGUAUUACUAAAGGCAUGGCAUAUGUACAUGAUGCUGGCAUCUUUCACAGGGAUUUAACCAGUAAAAAUGUAUUAGUAAGAACUUUACCGGAUGGACAAUUUGAGUCGGUAGUAGGAGAUUUUGGUUUGGCAGCUAAAAUACCCGAUAAAAAGACACGUUUGGAAUAUGUGGGUUCACCCUAUUGGGUUAGUCCGGAAUGUUUGAAUCAUCUCUUCUAUGAUGAACGCAGUGAUGUGUUUUCCUUCGGCAUUAUCUCUUGCGAGAUUAUAGCACGUAUAGAAGCAGAUCCCGAUAUAAUGCCUAGAACCGAUUCGUUUGGUUUUGACUAUUUGGCAUUUGUUGAAUUGUGUCCCAUGGAUACACCACCUGCAUUUUUAAGACUGGCUUUCUACUGUUGCAUAUUUGACCCUAAAAGUAGACCCACGUUUCAUGACGCUGCUAAGAAACUGACUUCACUUUUGGAAAAAUAUGAACAUGAUCCCAUGGGCUGCAAUGGUUCAUCUAGCUCCAAUAUUAGUGCCGGUUCUAGCCCUUUGAGUUCACUGGAAAUUUCUUGUUCGCCCAAUGGCAGUGAUUCGGAAAAUUUCUGCCAAGCUUUGAGUCACAAAAAUGGCUGCGUCCGCCACUUGGCCAUUAAAAAAUCCUUGUUAAAUACCCCCAUAACAUCUUGUAUUAGCACAGCGCCAGCUGGUCAAGCUACACCAAGACACUUGCGAGAAGUCAGUGAAAAUGGUUUCCUGUUUCCAGAGUCGGAAAAUCGUAGCAACUCUAUACCCAAUGGUGGCUUUAGUGAAAUUGACGAAAACCGUAUUAUUAAAAAUCGUGUUAAGAGAGCAACGAAGAAAUACGAAAAUAUGGCAGCUGCCGAGUUAUUGGUGCAACAGCAACAUCGUCGUUCUCUAAGUGAAAACAUUAUACAUUUUCCCUUGCAUACAACGCCCAGCGAUAAGGCGAGAUGCCAUCAAAUGCAGCGACAAAGAUCCUCUACGCAUUCCCCCACCCCACCACCGGUUAUUGGCUUUACUAGCGCCACCAUCAUAACUGCAGAUACCUUGCCAACCCGAGAAUCCCCGCCACCAGUUUUAACUCUGCGUAAAGUAGCCGAAACCAUGUGCCUCAAAGAUCCCCAAUACAAACCCAUAAGGACUGAUAAUAAUGGUGUUAAAUCCAAUCCCUUCACUGCAAUGGCUCAUUUGAAGGGAGUUAAAAAGAUAUUGGGUGCAAAUCCUAAAAUAUAUGCAGCUGGAGGCGGAGACCUGUUUAGUUCAUGCUUUGAAAUCUGUGCUCCGUUCUUUAAGGAGUUGGUAGCUUUGCAGCAGAAGACCAUAAUCGGGGAAGAUGGCAAGACGGUGGUAACCACACCCAGUGAACCAAAGAGUCUACCAGUAUCACCACAACUAACCAGAAAACUAAGUGCUAUUGAGAUGAAACUGUCGCCGACACUGACUCUGCCUCGUUGUAUACUGGCCGAUGAAGACGAUGACUGUGUCGAUGAAUCAGAUGCCGAACAGGAUGCAGAUGGUGGUGGGAACUGUGCAGAUGCCGAAUCGAGUAGUGAUGAUUCAGCUGAGCGACCAACACCCGCACCCGUGGCUAGAAAGUAUCGAGCUAACUCUCUCUACACCCAUCCAUUGUUCCGUGGCACCAGUGGCAGUAGUAAACAGGAUGAUGCAACCGUUCUGCCCACUUCUUCAUCAGCAGCUAAUGUAAAUAUAGAGGAUUGUAAUUCCUCAGAAGAUGGCUGCGAGGAGGGCUUAAAAUCGUCCAAAGAUGUUCCUCUAACAGCCUCAACACCCUCGCCACCAAUACCGCCUCCACAACCUUUAGCUCCUUUGGCGGCCACAACAGCUUCCAUGUCGUCUUAUACAGACUUUGAUUUGAAUGAACUUAAAACAAGCGAUUUUCUACCCACAAAAAGUUCUUUAACGCGGCGUGACUCCAUUGAGAGUGGUUUUUAUUCGUGUUUCAAUGAGGAAUCGGAUGCUGCUACGACCUAUCGUCAAUUUAAUGGUGCCGGAGUAUCUUCGCUGGGUUUGGGUUGCGGUGGCAGCAAUUGUUGUUUCGAACAACUCAAGUCUCAGCUGAUGUUGGAAGUUGGUGCCAAUGGUGAAUUAAGUGAUAAAUUGGCCAGUUUAUGCCGCUGUUGCUAUUAUGGCUCCACGUCACAAGGCGGUCAACAUCAGCAGCUGCUCAACGAUUCCUCCUCCACAUCUUCCUCUGUGCUGCUAAUCGAUGAGCCUACCAGUAGUGCGGCCGCAGGAGGCAUUAAUACCUCUUCGAGUGCUGCAGCUUUAAGAUCUUUAGACGAUUUGGAAUUACCUGAUGCAGCACGCAAUCAUCGACGUUACACUUGCCACCAUCAUCUGCUGGGAGGUAAUAAUUACGAUCCUAAUUUUACGGCCACUGCAGGUCUUAUAAAUAGACUGGCCUUGGAUUCGGAAAUACACUCGUUGAUGCAACGCAGCCCUUUUGCUACCAAUCAAUUGUUAUACUGUAAAAAUCGCACCUCCUCCAUAUACACCGACAGUUCCGACGACAUAAGCAGUUUGGCCGGUUCCGAUUCCCUGCUCUGGGAUGACCGUUCAUUUGCCUACCCCACCAGUACAAGAUCGGCACAAAUUGCAAAGAUUGUUGAAUAUUUUGAACGUAAGCGACAAGUACCUGAUAGUACACCUCCACCACGAGGUAACAGCGGUGCUGGUGGUCAUCCCUCCGCGACUGGUAGUGGUUCAACCUCUUCGUCCUCUUCCAUGGCUGCAGCGGUGGCAGCUUCUGCUUUAGGUUCAUCCUAUUUGUCAUCAUAUGAAACGCGGCGCUAUUCCGAUUUCAAACGUCAUGCAGCUAUCAAUUCGGAUUAUGAAGCCUUCUGUUUUGAGUUGGACAAAAAACCCUCACAGGCCAGACUAAUGGUGUGCGAGGGAGCAGUCAAAUCGAAAUUACAAAUAUUCGAUAAAUUAAAACAACAGCAGCAGCAACAUCCCGGCUGCAAUAUAGUCUCUACAAGCACGAAUCUAACCCAAAAUCCUACAGUGGCAGCGCAGGUCUUUACAAAUUCCUUACAUCACCACCACUUAAAUAAUGCUACAACCACGGCCCCCAGUGCUAUUGCAACAUCUACGGCAACAAUGACAACGUCAACUGGUUCUAUUACUCCAACUCAGACACCCACGAGUGCUACCAUUUGUACACAAAUCAAUUCAGCUGGUUAAAUAUUCUCCUCUUUUUCCCCCCUUUUGUUUUUAAGGCAGCUUUUCUUAAGUUCUUCUCUUUCCUAUAAACCAUCACUGAUUUAUAAAUUAACAAUCUGUGAAACUAAAUAUUUUUAAGUUUUGUUAAAUAAUUAUUACUACUAUUUUUAUGUUCCUUUCUUUUUUUUCCGCUUUUUUUUACAAACCUAAACCAAAAAUUUGUGUUUAUUUUUCAAGAGUUUUGAUGAAUUUAUUUGAAAUUUUUUUCUUUAUUUAUUUAUUGUUGUGGAAAUUUUAUUUCAUAUAGAUUUUUCUUAUUCAAAAAACAAAAUAUCAUUUUAUUGUGUUUUUGUUGUUUGUUUUUCUUUAUUAUUUCACAAAUAUGAUUUUAUGAGUUUCAAAAGUGGGAUUUCUGUUAUGUAGUUUUUAGAUUUGAAUUAUUUUUGGUGAGUUUUUCUUAUUUUUUUUUUUGGAGAAUUUAUUUUUAUUUUUGUAGGAAACAAAUGCAGGCUUUUUGUUGGCCUGGGAGUUUUACUAUUUUCUAUAUAAAAUUUGAGUAGAGUAGAGUUUUUAAUUAAGUUCUUUAACUGUUUUAUUUCAUAUGAAAUUAUUGCUUCAAUUAUGUUCUUAAAUUAUUCGAUUUAUAAAAAAAUUAUAUUCCUUCUCAUGUGCCAACAUAAAAUAUUUUAAAUAAACCAUUUAAAUAUAAAUCCUACUAUUUAAAUUUGUUAAAACUAAAUGGAUUUCGAAAAUAAUAUUUGUAAAUCUCAAUAUUUUACUUGCGUUAAAAGUUAUUUGCGAAGAACUUUUGCUAUUCCGAAUGAAGUAACUACAAAUAACAUUGGAAUUUUGGUGUUGAAAAACGUAACUAAACAUCGCCUUCACAUUUUAUUAUUAAGAUUUGCCGGGAUUUGGUGACAUAUGAACCAUCAAUUCAAGGUUGUGUGUGAGUGACAUAGAGCUUGUUUUGCCAUGAAGAAUAAUCUCCUGUUAAAAAAUGUUUGCGAACUAUUUCAAAUUGACCGUUCUGCAAUGCUCGAAUGUGUGUUCUUUUGGAAUUUUAUCCAAGAUUGUCCAUUGUAUCCAAUACAAAUAAAUAUUUUUGGUGACCAAGUCUGCAGGCAAGAUUAAAAGUAUAUUUUAAAUUCACGAUAAGUUUUCUGGCAAAACAAUCGCAAUUCGUGAGGCGUUUGAAUUCGGAAUUCCAUUAUUACACCGUGAACUGAAAUAGAGUUUCAUCACUAACUGUUAAAGCAAGUUAUUCAGCACAUUCAUGUUGAAAACUGUGUAAAUAUUAAGGAUGUCUUUAUGGAAUGAAUUUAUAGAGUUUUGUAAUUUUGAAUUUCUGGUUACAGGAUACUAUAUUAUUUCGAAAAGUAUUAAACUGAGAACUUAAGACUCAAAGCCAUUCAUCCCAAACUAAACUUUGAAAUAAAUUUUUUUACACCAAAAUAGGAAAACUUUCCUUUUUUUCUAAACAAAACAUUAACACAAAAUAAAAUCCCCAAAACUAUUUACCAAAUCUUUAUAUUUAUUUAUUAUUUAAUAUUAUUUUCCCCACUAUUCCUAUUUCUUUUGUAUAAAACUAUGAUUUAAAUCUUAAGUAAAGUGACUGCAGAAAAACGUAACAUAAAAUCAAGUGUGUGCAAAAUUAAAUAAAAAAAAACUUUAAUAUAAUAAAUUAUUGAAAUGUUAUAAACGAUAAUGCCAAAAGUAAUUAUGUAAAAUAUUAAAAAAAAUGUGUGUAUAAAACAAAGUAAUUUAAUUUUUAAUAAAUACAAAAAAAUAA